AUGAACGCGUCCGAAUCUGAUAAUAACAGAGUGGAUAACGCGCACGAUCUCUCAUUGGAUUCCUCAACAAGGGAUAAAUAUCAAGAGUCUAUCGUUGACUUUAACUGUAAGAAUGUUUCUACUACAUCCGAACACGAGGUUGUCGAAGCUCCAAACUCCAUCCCACACGUCUCGUCGCUGAAAUAUAAUCUGAAACGGAGAACUGUAGAAAAUCAUCAGCGAGAACUUAUCAACAACUGCAUAGACUCGAUGGGUACGAGUGAAGAAAAUAACAUCUUUAAAUGUACGAAUGCUGAGGAAAAUAUGCAAAGGAAAGAAAUGAAGCUUGAGGAAAAUGUUAUUACAUAUAUGGACGACGUUGAGAAGCCUGUCCGAGAAGAAUUAGAUAAUGUAACAUCUUCGACCAUAGAAUCUGACGAUUAUUACAUGAAUGACAACGAGAGUCUUAAAGUUAGUGUCAAUCUCUUGAAAUGUACAAGAGAAGACGAAGAAGAUGGAGAAGGGAAGACGGAAGAUAUGCCGAGCGCCGCAGAAGAUGAUACGGGAAAAGUAGCUGCGGAAGAAACAAAAGAAACGAAUCGGAUAAUUAAUAGAACCUUGUGCACGAGCAAUGAUGAGCAAUAUGCGGAAAAGCGAAUGCUGGAAGCCUUAUCUCCUGCGAAAGACGACAUGAUGAAGAGAAUCAUCGAAAACUAUACCGAUGUAUCCGCGAAAGGUCUCCAACAACAUUACUCGAUUUACGAAAGUUCAGACAUGAAUCUCAGAUCGAACAGCAAAUACGCGAUUAAGAACGUUCAAGGGGAUACAUUUCUCCCGUGUCUUCAAGUAGUUUCCGAGAUUGCCAUAGCCAAAGAAGAUAUAUUGAAAACUAUCAAAGAGGCAGAGAAAAUAUUGACAAAUAAUCGAUACUGGGACACGUCGCAGGUGAGCAUUAAUCAAGCAGCCGACAAUCACAUCAAAGAUAAUUCGCCGGAAAGGCUUUCGGGUGAGGCAAAAAGUGACGAAGAGCUUGAAACAGUGAAUGAGACAAAGAAGAAUUUCGUCACGAUUGAAGAUAUUACGGUUUAUCACAAAUUACCAAAUGUGAAAAUUGAGCGAGUCGUUGCCUCAGAGUCCGAUGUUGUUCAGAGCAAUUUGCAGAGAUUGGCCGAAAUCACGUGUCCCGAUCGUCCCAAGUCGCUCAUCGAGAUUCAUGAAACUAUUGAGAAAAUAGCCGAGGAGAAAAGAAGAAUAGAGAACCGAAAGAAAGAAUCGCUGGAGGCACUGUCGAGGAAGUUCGACGAGAUCGAGAAGCUCGUCGUUAGUCGUAACGAUACUUCUUACACGUCCGACAAUGAUCCGUGCGAAGGCAAAAUUCCGAACGACGAUUCCGACAGUCUGGACGAGUCUCAGGUUGAACCCAAGGACCUCGAGGUCCCCCUGACAAAAUCCGAGAUAACUGAGAACUUGAAAAUCGAGGAGUUGGAGAGGCAACUCGCGAUUGAAGUUGAAGAGCACAAGCGAUUGAUGGACGAAUAUCAGAAAAUGAUCUUCACGGAUUCAGAGGUCGUCCAGGAAGCGUCCUUAGAGUCCGAACCAACGCGAGUUUGUAACGACGAAAAUGUCAAGGAAGCGUCCUUAGAGUCCGAACCAAUGCGAGUUUGUAACGACGAAAAUGUCAAUGAAGAGUUCAAGGCUGAAUCGAAGCACGACGAACAGAUGGUCGAAGAAUUUCAAAACGCAACUUCUGAACCGGUAGACGACGCAACAUUGGCGAAAGUCGAGCCGAAAUCGGACGAUUCUUUUUCAGAUUUCCACGAAGAGCCGGAAAGAGCUUAUAUUAAGGGAAAGGUCUACGAUUUCGACGAGAAGCAGCACGGUGUUAGGAUGACGGAGGAGCUGAUCAAGAAACAUUGCAAGGAACAUAAACUCUAUCAGACUCCGUACCUGAACGACGUCCUGUACCUGCAUUAUAAAGGUUUCUCCUUUAUCGAGAAUCUCGAAAAAUACACGGGCCUGAAGUGCCUGUGGUUGGAGAACAACGGUAUACGCGAGAUCGCCAAUUUGGAUAACCAAAAGGAACUGAAGUGCUUGUUCCUGCACCACAAUCUCAUCAAGAAGAUCGAGAAUCUCGAUUGUCUGACGAAGCUCGACACUCUGAAUCUCUCGCACAACACGAUACGAAGGAUCGAGAAUCUCGACAACCUCAAGUUCCUGAACACUCUGAACCUGUCGCACAACUACCUGCACGAGACCGCCGACAUCGAGCAUCUUCGUCUGCUGCACGUUCUCACGAUCUUGGACAUUUCUUACAACAGGAUCGACGCCUGCGACGUCGUUGACAUUCUUGGAGAUAUGAAAUCGCUGCGCGUCGUGACGUUAAUCGGCAACCCGGUGUUGAAGCUGAUCAAAAUAUACCGCAAGACCAUGAUCUUGAAGUGCAAAAAUCUACAAUACCUGGACGACAGACCGGUGUUUCCGCGCGAUCGUGCUUGCGCUGAAGCUUGGAUGCGUGGCGGUGUCGAUGAGGAGGUGGCCGAGAGGAACCGUUGGAUCCAAGCGGAGCAGAAAAAGAUCAACGACAGUGUCGCGGGUGAGUAA